ACUUAAAUAUUCAUUAUUUAAUUAUAUUCAAAAGUUAUUUGCGAUAGAAAUUAUCGACAAAAGGUCACGAAACACUAAAAAAAUGGAUAAUCAAAUGUAUGGUGAAACCACAAAUACGAGUCAAACACAGCGUGGAGCAGAAAUUGCCCGCGACAAGUAUUGUUGGGAAUGCGACACAAACCGUACAGAAUAUCACUGCUGGAUAUGGCGCAUCCGAUACAAUUGUUCGAAAUGCUUCCGUUCAUUUCACGGCGCGUGUCUGGAAGACGAUGAAAAAGUUUGCCAAGCCGAAUGGCGAUGUCCGAUAUGUAUUGAAUUGGAAUCGUCAAAAAAUGAUUUUGUCGGGAAGCAAUCGGCUCUAGAAUUGCUCAAAUACACCGUGGCCGAUAUUUUACAGAAUGCCAAAUUCCAAGAGCUGCAACAAAAAUUGGAGAAUUUCGUCAAUAACAGUGCUGAUGUUAUCAACCCAGUGGAUUUGAUAAAAAUGAAAAAGAAGGUUGAUGAUCACCUCUACGAUAGUUUGGAAGCAUUCGCCGUUGAUGCCGAAUGUAUUUUGCACAAUAUCGGCAUACGUCGCUGGUUACCAUCGUCAUCAUCUCUACGUGAAACCGUCAACAAUUUGGUUAAAUUUUGUGAGGCACAGAUCGAGAACAUCAAAGGCUGUGCCGAAUGUUAUGAAAACAAACACAAAUAUCCGAGCACAUGGUCCAUAAUGGCAUGCAAAAAACUGCAUAUCUGUCUCUGGACAAAGCACUUCAGUAGCCGAAAAUAUUUGCCGGUCAAACUAAUAUCCAUUGUAAAUGAUGAACAAAUCAAAGUCGUUCGCUUUGAUGGCGAAAGUUCGGAUUUCAUUAAUAUUUCGUCCAAAAAUUGCUACCUGUACUCGAACGAGGCUCCGGCAUAUCUCACUAUGAAAAGCGAACUCAAGGAAGUGAUGUUAUAUAUAACAAACGCCGAAAAACAGUUUGGAACUUUUCGUUUGGCGGCGAAAGGAGCUCGAUUAAAAGUAAAGCAACUGGCUACGCAUGUGAAGGAAAUUUAUCCAGAUUACAAUGGCAUAUUUCCGUAUGAUCUAAAACCCAGGAAUAAUGAAGACGGGCGGCAAAGGGUAACGACUAAUGACUAUAACGAAAGUCCUAGGAAAAACAGUGGAUAUUUCAGUAGUUUCAGUGACAUCUCCAGCGACUUCUCCAUUGGAAUUGAUCAUACCAACGAAAAUGGCAGUAACACAACGGUUCCAAUUAGAAAACGACGCCUUUCUUCGAAAAACAUCGGUACCCACGCUGAUAUCGAAAGUAAUACGGCGCUUAAGGAUAGCAAUAGAGACGACAUUGACAACUCUGACAGCGACCUCAAUAUCGGUACGGAAAUUCCAAAGAAGCGACUACGUAUUUUAUCGGAAAGUGACGUUGAAAUUGCUGAUGCGGUUGAAAUCAUUGACCAUGACAACCAAUGCGAACAGACCAAUGAUUCGGGUUUGGCCGAAUCCAUCCCACCACCUGGUUCCAGCGUAGUCACCGCCGUUCAGGAAUGGGCCCACUCCAUAAUAGACAAUGUUCCACAAAUUGUGCAGACCGGUACCAUAAAUUUCGGAAAGACUGAAAAUGAUCUGAAAAAUUGUCAAGAGAAAAUUGCUGAAUACGAAAAAACGAUCAAGUAUUUAAACGAGAAAAUCCAAGUCAUUACAUCCGAAAGAGAUAUUUCGUUAAAUCGAAUAAAAAACAUUGCAAAUGAAACAGUCCAGCAAACGAUGACGAACACGAAGAAUAUUUAUGCCAAUGAAAUUGAAAAGAUUAAACAAGCUCUCACUGCAACUGAAUCAAAGCUCUCUUACUGCAAGUCAACGUUUGAUGUUCAAACAAAUGAAACGCACGCCUUGAAGCGGAAAUAUGAAAAUAUGGAACAGUCGAAUGAAACACAACAAACAAAGAUCAAUGACUUGCUGGCACAAAUUCAAGUCAUCACUUCCGAAAAUGUUGAUCUGAAAAAUGCAAUGGCCGUUAUGAGAGAAAAUCAUAAAAAAUCGGCCGAACAAAUGAGAAAAAAUCUAGAAAUUGGACAUCAAAAAAUCAUGAAUGAAUUUGAACGUAAAUUAAAAGUGAAUUAUGAUAGCGAAGUUGCAUCAUUGAACGAAUCACAUGGGAAGGUACUGAAUGACCACCAAAUGAAGAUCGCUGAAUUGUUGGCACAUACUCAAGUCUUAAAUUCACAAAAUUUGAAUGCAAAACAAGCACUUGCCAAAGCGAACAAUGGAAUGGCCGAAUUAAGAGAAUCGCAUAUAAAAUCAAUGGAAAUAAUGCGAGCAAGUCUUGAAACUGAUCAUCGAAAAGCAAUAGACGAAUUGGAAAGGGAGCAUGAUGGUAAAUUUGCCAAGUUUUGCGAAGAAAUGAAACAGAGCAUGGAGAUGGAAAAAGAUCGUGCCAUUCAACAAAGCAUCGAUACCAUUGAAAGCCGUUUUCAGGACUUUAUCGAACUUACUCACGACAAGUAUUGUUGGGCAUGUGACAAAGGUCGUACCUCUUCCAAUUGCCGGAAAUGCUUCCGUUCAUUUCACAAAGACUGCGCCAAUGAUGAAAAGCUUCGUAUUGGCCAAGCUUCGUAUUGGGAAUGUCCGAUAUGUAUUGAAUUGGAAUCGUCAAAAAAUGAUUUUGUCGAAAAACAUUCGGUUCUAGAUUUGCUCAAAUACACAAUGGUCAACAUUUUACAGAAUGCCAAGUUCCAAAAGUUGCAACAAAAGUUAGAGAAACCGGGAUUUAAUUGUGCAAAAAUCGUCAACCCAAUCGAUUUGAAACAAAUGAAAAAGAAGGCCGAUGAACGCCUCUAUGAUAGUUUAGAAGCAUUCGUUGUGGAUGCCGAUUGCAUUUUGCACAAUAUCAGCCUACUUUGUCAGAUCGGAUCAGAUCUAUAUGAAAGUGCCAAAAGUUUGGGGAUAUUUUGUAAUGAACAAAUCGAGAAUAUUGAAGGUUGUGCCGAAUGUUAUGAAAACAAACACAAAUACCCGGAAGAAUGGCGUUUCAUGGCGUGUAGCAAGCCGAAUAUCGUGCUAUGGACAAAGCAUUUCAGUAGCCGAAAAUAUUUGCCGGUCAGACUAAUAUCGAUUGUAAAUGAUGAACAAAUCAAAGUCGUUCGCUUUGGUGGCCACAGUUCGGAUUUCGUCAACAUUUUGGCGAACAAUUGCUUCCUGUACUCGGAUGAUUCUCCUGCAUAUGGUAAACACAACUUGGAACGCGAAUUAAAGGAAGUGAAGUCAUACAUAACAAACGCCGAGAAAAAGUUUGGUACUUUCCAUUUGGCUUCGAUUGGAACUCGGUUCCUACGAAACCAACUCGACACACACGUUAAGGCUAUGUAUCCGGAUUACAAUGGGCCAUGCCCAUAUGGUCUAGACCCAAAUAAUGAAAAAAGGGGGAAUGGUGAUGAUAGUGACGAUAUCACUGACUCCAUUGAAGACGAUAGUGAUGACACUGAAUAUUCUGAAGAAAAUAGUGAGAGGUCCAGUGAAGAAAGCACUGACGACAGUGAAAAUGAAGAUGAGAGUGACAGUAGCACAACGAUUCCAAGUCGGAAACGAUUUGUCUCUUCAGAGGACAUUGAUGUUCAAAUCAAUACUAUGCCUGAUAAUAACAGUCAAGACAUCAUUGAACACGCCGAUACCGAUAUGGAUACAGGAAUUCCAACGAAAAAACAGCGUAUCUUUUCGGAAAAUGAAAUUGUUCAUGGUGCGCUAGAAACCGUUCAACACGACCAUCAAUAUGACACUAGUGUUGCAGACGAUUCAUGUUUUAACAACUCCAGUUUAACAUCAUCAUCGUUCGUCGAAUCUUCACCUGAUCAAAGCAAAGCACAUACUGCACAAGGCAUUGAUUCACAAAUCGAUGAAACAAAUUGCGAAACGACAAGCACACUCAACUUUGAAGCCGUACAAAAGGGGCUGAAUUUUGCGAAAAAGAAAAUAACUGAAUACGAAAAAAUGAACAAGAGCUUGACUGAAAAUGAUACUUUGGAAGUGAUCAUUCAAGACAGCCACCAAUAUGACAUGAGCAUUGCAAAUGAUUCCGGUUUUGCCGAUUCCACCUCACCACCUAGCUUCAACUCGGCAGCCACCGUUCAGGAUUUAGUUCAAUCGAUUUCACAAAUCGUGCAAACCAAAAUCAUAAAUUUCGAUAAGACUAAUCAAGUCAAACUUGAAGCCCUACAAAAUGAACUGAAAGUUUCUAAAGAAAAAAACGCCGAAUACGAAAGAAUGACAACGGAAUUAAGCGACAGACUCCAAAUCGUCACUUCGGAACGAGAUCGAAAUGAAGUAGAAGCAUUGCAGGCAAAGCAAGCGUUAGCUAAUCUGAAACUGAGAUUCCAUAUCGAACAUCAAAAAGCAAAAGAUGAAUCUGCUAAAAGCCAGAAAGAGCUGUCGACGCGAAUUCAAACCAUUACAAACGAGAUUAAAACAUUGAAUCAAAAACAUCAACAAGAAGUCACUGCAAAUCAAACAAAGAUUGAUGGCUUAGUGGCACAAAUUGAAAUCAUGACUUCUGAAAAGGAGAAAGCACUGGCCAAGGCAAACGAAGAAAUGGGCAUUUUGAAAGAAAAUUAUCGAAAAUCGGCCGAACAACAGCGACAAAUUCUUCAAAUCGGACAUCAAAAAGCGAUGGAAGCAUUUGAAAUAAAAUUACAAAAAGAGCAUGCAAACGACCAGAAAAAGUCCGAAGAGGAAAUCUAUGAAUUGAAGAAAAAGAACGAGGAUUUGAUGGAAAGACUGGCUCAAUUCUCGACCGAUAUUGAAACCAUCACAUCUGAACGAACUCUACAAGCAAAACAAAUGGCCGAUUUAAAAGAGAAGCACACAAAAGCAAUCGAGGAAUUACACAAAAAUCUUGAAGCCGAUCAUCAAAAGGCGAUAGAAGACCUUAAAAAAGUGCAUGAUGGUAAAUUGGCCAAUAUUUUGAGCUUCAUCGGAACUCAAAGUUCAAAUCAAUGAAUGCUGAUGCAUCAUUCAAAAUGGUAGUCACGAGGGGCAAAUCACUUAAAAAUUACUUAUUAAUUAUUAUUGAUUGUUUUGCGAUUAUUCUUCGAUUAGUUUCGAUUAUCGUCAUUAAUUGUAAUAUAUGUAUUACGUAUGAGAUUGUCAAAUGACGAUGAUGGAAAUUGAAUCUAUGUGAAAUAAAAAGAGAGAGAGAGUGUGUGUGUGGAUGAGUGAGUGAGUGAAUGAUAGAUGAUUGGGGAACCAUUAGAAUGUAAGAGAAAACAUACGAAAGAAACAAAAGUCACAACAGCAUAUAACAGAUUGCUGACAAAAAAUUGAGAUUUGGUAGUAGCAGUGGAGAGAACAACACACAAAGAAUCAAUGUUGUACACACAGUAGCAUUGCAUCGGAACAACGUCACAACGACGACAACAUGGCGGCGCAAACGGAUAAACGAAAACUGUAUCAACAGCAACAAGAAAUCACAUUGGGGUAACAAUUGUCAUAUUUUGCAUAGUAGCUAACGCAUUCGCUGUUCAAUAUCGGCCACUGUCAACGACAAAGCGAUUUGAAUAUGUUGGUGUGACAGUGUAUUUGAUUGCGACAUUUCAAACCAACAAGUCGGCAACAAGUCACAUCGUCUUGAACCAUCAUCAGUGUAAGAACUAAAAUUGCUGCGCAUAAAUUUUCAGUUUGCAUUGAAAGUGAAAUAUUCUCUCGAAUUGGAUUUUUGUCGGUUUUUCCAAAAAAGGUGUUCGGAACAACAAAUCGAACACAUCAAAUGUCGAAGAAGAAUAUGGACACAUUUUUAGUUCUUACACUGGUAAUCGUUCACAAACCGACCACAACGAUGUCAGAACCCGGAAAAUAUGAAUACAAAGGAUCGUUUCUAUUUUGCCCAAACUACGAACCGGUCCGCAGUCGUAUUCUUUCCGGCAACCAAAGUUAACUUUAGCAUAAAGUUAAAGAAAUGUAUCUGCGGUCGUUCCCGGGGGGUAGUGACCAGCAGACCCAGAAGUACUAUUCUAUAGUAGUCAUGAAACACUAAAAUUCCGAAAAGCAUCAAACACCAACUCUAUAAAUGAUGGGGAUAGACCAGCAAAACGACCAUUAUUUCUCAAAUUGAUUUCCAAAUAAAAUGUAUUUCUUGGACUGUUCUUGUUUUUAAUCUCGAAAAAAUCGAAGUGACUCUGUAUUCUCAUGACUCGGGCCAUUUUUAUUCAAAUUAAUUAAUAGCGAGAAAAAAGUCUCCUAAUGAUCCAAUGUAAUGAAAUCGAAUACAAUGCCGAACAUUAGAUU